GAGCACAUAUGACUUAAAGCUUGAUAAUCACUUUGACUUGGAAGAUAUUUCUGCAAAAGUCUUACCUUCUAGAUUUGUUGGUCGUAAGAGUUAAUGUCACUAGACCAAUAAUAUCUUUGAGCACCAGCGCGGCCUUUGAAAUACCGCAACAAUGCGUCUUCUUAAUGUGCAUACGAUGCAAUUGGAGGAAAUUCUCGACGUGGAAGACGCCUCUGGUUACGCUAUACUCUCGCAUACGUGGGGUGAGGAUGAAGUAUCAUUUCAGAAUUUGCACGACGAAGAGACCAAGUUUACAUCUGGCUAUCGAAAGAUUGAAUGUUUCUGUCGUCAAGCUAUCAAAGACGGUUUCAAUCAUGCUUGGAUCGAUACUUGCUGCAUUGAUAAAAAGGACCCAACAGAGCUUUCAGAGGCAAUCAAUUUAAUGUUCCGGUGGUACCAAGAAUCAUCUGUUUGUUACGUCUAUCUAGCUGACGUCGAAGCCGACGAAAGGGGAUACGUCGGGAGUUCCGUGCUAGGAAACAGUCGCUGGUGGACUAGAGGCUGGACGCUUCAAGAGUUACUUGCCCCCAAGCGCGUCAUUUUCUUUGAUCGAAAUUGGAAUGCCUUUGGAACAUUCAGAUGCUAUGAUAUGGCAUUGCAUCUACCUGACAUUAUUGAAAUGCUGCCUUCCAUAACGCACAUAAACAAGGAGAUCCUAUAUUAUAGAGAUCAGAUGAAAGAUACUACUGCAGCUGAGAAGCUAUCAUGGGCAUCCCGCCGCCAGACCACAAGAAAGGAAGACAUGGCAUACUGCUUAUUAGGUAUACUUGAUGUCAAUAUGCCACUCCUAUAUGGAGAGGGCAACAGGGCAUUUAUUCGGCUCCAAGAAGAAUAUAUCAAACAGCACAAUGAUCCCAGCUUGCUAAUAUGGGGUUUUGGAAUACCAUGCACCGAUGCAUUUCAGGCCCGUAUGGCCGAGUUCCCGCUGGCACCGUCUCCCUCGCUCUUCGCUGGCUUCAAUUCUCUCACCAGAAGAUUUGAGAAGAACAAGGUACCCUUUCCUUUUACACGCACAAACAACGGGAUUGAAGUCGAGCUUCUUCUAUUAACCCUCGAAGACAACGUACAGCUUGCUCUUUUUGGAUUGGAUCAUGAUUUCUACAGCUGUUAUCGGAAAACUCCCAAGCUCUCGCUACUGAGACGUCUUUCUACGUGGCAACCUGCGAAUGACGCAAGGAGUCGCGUACGGAAACCUAUAAUCGCAGUACCAUUGAAAUACUGUCAGGCAGAAUCUCGGGUCGGAUUUGACGUGUAUGAGCGUAUUUUAUUAUGGCCGCCUUUCCUCAUACCGGAAGAUUCAUGCAUGAAAGCUGAAUGGAAGAGAGCGUGUCUUAAAGCCGCGAGCUCUCAGAUGAGAUCGAGUGCAUCCGAAAUACGAUUCAAUUUGUUAUUUCCAAUCGACAUACAAGUAUUGCUUGAUAAUGGCUUCGGACUGAAAAGCGUCUACCCGCCGCGAGAUACUACUGUCGGGAAUGAUCUGAUAUUAUAUGUACUGCAUGGCACGCAAUACAAAAAACGUCUGUUCAUCUUUGAAGGGCCUAAUAACCUACCCUUGGGGUUUCUUAUUAAUGACCGAUCCCAGUACAAGCUAGCAGCAGGUGCGCUAAUUGGAGAAAUAAGCAUAUCUGACAUGAAAUAUCAUCUAUUACCUCAAGGUAGCAUUCUAUUUAAGCGUACAAGUAUAGCAGGAUGGUUGGCUGCAGUACGAAGUAGGCUAUACGGGGUGUCGAGUAUUGAGAUAUCCGGCGAGCAACUAGGGAGGCCUGGCAUACGCCAUCUAAAGAUAGCACUGCGCACAAGGGGUCAAAAGUCUGGACGAAGUCUUACUGUACAAUUCGACGUAAUACCAGUAAACCCUUAUAGCAAAGAACAAACUCAGCAUAUUUCGUUAUGAUUCUAGAAGAGACAUCUGGAACAAAGGAUACCUUCAGUACCUAC